AUGCGCGCUUCGCUUCUUUCAGCGGCGCUGCUCAACCCGCCUGUUCUUGAGCCUCUGCGCGCUGUCAUCGGUGACGACUACGCCAAUCUGCUCGUGGGCGUUUUGGGCAACUCAGCGACCAGCAAAUUCCUCAUCUCAAAUGCUGGCAGUUCGUGUCUUGCCAACAUGAAUGGAACAUCGCUGGGCCAGGUCAUGGUCUCCAGUACAUCCGUCGACACGUGUAUCAAUGCAUUGGAGCUGCUUAACGUGCCUCUGGUGCAGUACGCGCUUGGCAAUUUCUCGGUCAGCUUAAGCAGCAGCGACAACGAAGCGAAGGACUCGUUCAUUGAUGGCCUAGGACUCGUUGAAGAGGGCGAAAUCGAGCAAAUAUGCUCUUUGUACGUGAACGGCUUCGUGCCGUGUCUGCGCGCGCAGUUGUUGCCAUCGCUGGCCACCCUGCGCUCUACAGCGGUGAACGGAUGCUGCGCCGCCUGGGAGAGCGAAAGUGUCUCGCUCUUUGACUACUCGAUCACGGGCCAGUACACCAAGAUGGCACAGCUCAUAGGAGACGUGUUCUGUGCCACACAAACGCCGGCGCUCAACGGCACCAGCUCGCAGCGAUGCGGCUACACGUUUCUUCAGAGCUCAGGCGAGGUGGCUAACACCACAUCUGCUAACCGUGCUGCGGCACUUCUGAAGGACUUGCAGGUGCCCACUGACCAGGCCUCCCUCCAGGAUGAGGGCGAAGCUUACACGAAUACGAACGGCGAUAUCAUUGAAGCCGUGGCGAGUGGCCAGUACACGACGAGCGGCUGCGUGGUAGCGCUGGAUCGCUUCGCUACGUGGGUCGACGGUCUUUCACUCGCUGACAACAGCUCCAAGUCGUACGGCAUCGACUUGCAGUCUCUGUUUGCCUUUGGCAAAUGCGUCAAUGGUGCCGCAGUGUUUUCGUUGAUUCAAGACUUUUUGCCCGGUUCUAUCGUGAACGUAGUGAGCGCCUACUUCUCCAACGCGUGUCUCCACGUGCCCUUAAAAUACGCCGACGGCUGCAGCUUCUCACGCCCAGCCUCUUUGGUGGAUUGGAACUACGAGCCAGCACAUGCAAGUCAAGCAGGAUCGGAAGAGCAAGCGGAUGGCACCUCUGCCAUUAACUCGAUCAACACUGUGCCGCCGAACGUGACAGCUGACUCAAAUGCUGUCGUGUCGACGACCGUACAUGGCACUCCCUUCGCCGUAUUAUUUAGUGUCGUUUGCUUGAUGUGGUGA